GAUCAUCUAGUCCCCCCAUCAACUAGCCCCACCCACCACCUAAUCAACAAAACCCUUUUCCGGUAUGUUCAGACAGGCGAAAAGAAGAACUGCGGGCCGUAAGAACUUUGAAGAGGCAUCCACCGACCUUUUCCAAGGCCAAUCAACGACCUACUCGUCACGGUUGUCCUUCUAUGACACUCCACCAUUAGACGAAAUUACCCUUGAACAAUUUGAAACUUGGGCUAUUGAUAGAUUAAAGAUCCUUAUUGAAAUUGAAUCAUGUGUGGCGAGAUCUAAGUCCAUCCGGGAGACGGAACAGAUUGUGAAACCAUUGCUCUUGAAAUUCCUCCCUUUGAACUCAAACACCGUUUUAGCUGAACGGAAGAAAGAUCAUUACUCACAUUAUAUUCUUCGAUUAGUUUUCUGUAGAACGGAAGAAUUGAGAAAGAAGUUUAUCAAGAAUGAGUCAAUUCUUUUCCGGAUAAGAUAUAUGCAUUUACAGCCUCGUGAACAACGUGAAUUCAUUGCUACUCAUGCAGAUAAACUCCCCUGGGAAUAUAUCACCAAUGAAGAAAAAUUGGAAUUUUUUGAUGAAUUGUUUCAAAGUACUUCCACCACUAUAAGGGCACAACUUCUCAUAGAUUCUGCUCAGGAUACUCUCUCCAAGGAACAAUUGGUGCAACAUAUCAAGACUGUGGAACAAUUUAUAAAGCUCCCCUUUGAACGUGUGCCACAAUUGGUCGCUUCUAGACUGGUUUAUCUCCGUCAAGGAAUGGCAUAUAUCCCAUCUUCACUUCAAUUGAAUCUCUUGGUGAUUGAAUUCCAAGACAUUCUCUCUUCACAAUUGAAUAAAACAUUCCAAUCACUCCCAAGAUUAGAGGAAGAUGACCGUUUACUCCCCUUAUUGAACAAUCUUUCACAAAACUUCUCCAAUGUUGAAUACAAUUCACAAGCAUAUGGGGACCCCACCAUGGCCUCUGACAUCAAUAGUAUGUCUAUCACUACUCCAGAGAUCACCAAGCAUUACCCAAUGUGUGCUAAGCAUCUCCAGACCAACAUGAUCGCCCAAUCACAUCUUAAGUAUGCUGGACGUCAACAAUUGGGUCUUUUCCUUAAAGGAAUUGGUCUCAGUGUCGAUGAAGCACUCAAGUUCUGGGCUAACCAAUUCACCAAGGGUUCCGGUAUGACGUUGGAGAAAUUCAAUAAGGAGUACAAGUAUAAUAUCAGACACAACUAUGGGUUGGAAGGUGCUAGAAUCAAUUAUAAGCCACAUGAUUGUGCCACAAUCUUGAGUAAGCCAAAGCCGGGGAAAGGCGAAUAUCAUGGGUGUCCAUACAGAGACUUAUCGUUGGACUCCCUUGUGCACAACUUGCAUGAGUUGGGAGUCACUGACCAGCUGGAUAUUAAUGGGGUCAUUGAUGAUGUUGGGAGAAAUGAUUACACAGUUGCAUGUACCAGAGUGUUUGAGUUAACUCAUAAGGCUGAGUUGAGUAAAACUAAAAAUGGUGGUGAAGGAAUGCAUAUCAAUCAUCCAAACUUGUAUUUUGAUAGAUCAAGGCAACUUGAAAAGAAGUUGGAGGCUUGAUGCGGUAUACUCUAAAUAGAGCAUGGUAGUACUUGAAGUGCCAGUUGCAUCUAUGCAUGGAGAGGGGCACAUACCCAAUACCCUGUAGGCCUGUUAGUACACAUCACUGGCCCCUACUCGGGGAGAUAGCCACUACAUGGUGCCUAGCUCCUCUACGAGGGAAUUUCUCGAGUCAUGAUACAUUCCUCGUAGACAAGCUAAGCUGCUGUGGGCAGGGCAAGACGUACCACUCCCUGCCGGAUCGGGUAGGACUGACAUCGAAAGGAACAGCUGGUGUCCCCUCUAAUUUCAGCAGAUUGAGUAUAUCUAACCACCCUACGAUGUCUCGGCUC